AUGACUUUAACCACUUCGUGCGGACAGGAGUCCACAGAGGUAGCACAAGAUGCACCCCGAAGCUCGUCCAAUUCGGCAAAGGCCUUUAAAUUAGCUGUCAAAGACAACAUCGCAACCAAAGAUCUCCCGACGACAUGCUCCUCCGCGAUCCUCUCCACCCACAAGAGCCCCUUCGAAGCUACCAUCGUACGCCAGCUCCGGGAACGAGGCGCCCAGAUAGUGGGGAAGACGAACAUGGACGAGUUUGGAAUGGGCUCGCACUCGUUGAACUCGGUACAUGGGCCUGUGCUUAACCCGCUGGCUGCGACGCCAACCUCUGCUGGUGGAAGCUCGGGAGGUAGUGCGGUAGCGGUCCAGACGGGCGAGGCGGACGUCGCGCUGGGAACUGAUACGGGUGGAUCAAUUCGUCUGCCUGCGGCGUACUGCGGCGUGGUCGGAUACAAGCCGUCGUAUGGGAUGUUAUCAAGAUGGGGCGUGGUACCGUAUGCGAACUCGUUGGACACAGUCGGACUCCUUGCGCGGGAGGUGGACAUCAUCGAGGACGUUAUGUUCAGCACGGGGUUAGCUGGCGAGCACGACUCUCAAGACCCAACAUCUCUUUCGAAAAAUUUCAGAAAGCGCCAGCAAGACCAGGCCUCGCCUCGUCGGUCUCGUCUCAGGGUGGGCAUCCCCCUUGAAUACAAUAUCGAGGAACUGGACCCUCAAAUCCGGACGGCAUGGUCAGACGCGGCAGACCUCCUGCAGAAGUCUGGCGUCGAAAUCGUCCCCGUCUCCCUCCCGUCAACAAAGCAUGCGCUCUCGGCGUACUACGUUAUUGCGCCAGCCGAAGCUUCCUCCAACCUCGCCAAGUACGACGGUGUGCGCUACGGUACGCGUGGCGACGAGAGCGACGGCGCCGGCGAGGUCCUCUACUCCAAGACGCGCGGCAAAGGCUUCGGCGACGAAGUCAGACGGCGUAUCCUCCUGGGGGCCUACAGUUUGAGCUCCGAGGCGAUGGACAACUACUUUAUCCAGGCGCAGCGCGUGCGCAAGCUCGUCCAGAGAGACUUUGACCGCGUCUUCAGGUUGGAGAACCCGCUGUACGAUCCGCAGCAGUUCGAUCUCAGCGACAUGAAGGACGAGGUUGAGCUGCAGGACAAGCUGGGCCCGUCACAGGUGGAUUUCCUCCUGUGUCCUACUGCGCCGACGUUUGCGCCGAGAAUCGACGAGAUCAAGCAGCAGACGCCGGUCCAGGUGUACAUGAACGAUGUCUUCACGGUGCCGGCGAGCUUGGCGGGGUUACCGGCCAUCAGUAUACCCACGAGGGUCAAGUCCGCGGAAGCGAAAGCGGACGAGAGCCGAAAGGUGGCGGGUCUGCAGCUGAUCGGCCAGUACUGGGAUGACAGACGCCUCCUGGGCGUGGCCAAGGACCUCCUGCGUCAACUUUCCGCGUAG